UCCGUCCCCUCCCCCCUAUAUCCCCGUCCGCUGCCGCUGAAACGUGCGGGGGUUCGAUUUCGGACCAGGAGCGUCGGCGGGAGGGCCAGCGCGCCCCCUGCUUCCUCCGCGUCGUCGGCGGCGGGGAAUCCGCCCCAGGCGGCGCCGUCGCAGCAGCAGGCCUUCUCGCUCCCGCGCCCGAAGCUGCCGCGGCUCUCGGAGUCGGAGGCCUUCGUCGGCCAGGCCCUCCACCGGCCCACGCCCGCGCGCCACCAGGGAUUUGGCUUGCAUGACGACUCGUCGAAGAGGAUGCCUCCAUUUCCUCCCAGUUCAGCUUCUCGUGCACACGAAGAACCCCAGCAGCAGCAACCGGUGAUCGUACCCAGCAGCACUACCCUGCGCUGGAACCCCUCUCCUACAGACACUAGAUGUCGGGUUAACGAGGACGCUGAGCGCAGGUUUCAGCACCUGUCAGGUUCAGUACACAAGGUGGGGAUGGUAUUGGACUCGGUACAAACUGAUGUUAUUCAGUUAAACCGAACCAUGAAGGACGCAUCGCUAAAAUCUGGUGUUGUGCAGCAAAAGUUUGAUCUCCUAGAGGAUACACUUCAGAAAAUUAUUAAAGGACAAAAUGAUCUGAAAGUACUUGCUGAAAACAGCACGAAAAGCAACCUGGAUCAGCUGAAUGUAAUCAACUCUCGCACCAGCAAAUUGAAUGAGAUGUCUUUGGUCGUUUCAGUCUGCCCAAAACAAGUGCAAGCAGAUUUAAGGGAGCUGCAUGGUGACAUCUUCAGGGUUCUUACAAAGGACAUGGAGGGGGUUGUUAGAGAUAUCAGGUCUCUGAGUACUAAGCCUGCUGUAAUGCCAAUGCUGCCAGACCAUGUGGUAGCAAAAGGAAGUCCCCUGAUGAACAAGAUGUCUGUAGCAAACGAAAGGCCUACAAUGAACCAGACACCAGUAGCAAAAGGAAGUCCCCUGAUGAACAAGAUGUCUGUAGCAAAUGAAAGGCCUACAAUGAACCAGACACCAGUAGCAAAUGGACGGCCCCUGAUGAACCAAACACCAGUGGCAAAUGGAAGCCCCAUGAUCAUCAACCAGGCUCGAGUAGGAAAUGGAAGGUCCCAGCUGAAACAAACACCAGUUACAGAUGCAAUGCCCCAGAGGGAUCUAACACCAGAGAUAAAUGGAAGGCCCCAGAAGGACUGAAUACCAUUAGCAGAUGGAUGUCCCCAUAUGGAACAAAUAACACCAACAAAACCCCUUCCUGCAUGUUCCACUUAUACUACAAGGGCGCCAGUUCUGAAGCCAAAGGUAGAACAGGGUAAGAUAAAAGCAGCUCACAUGGUUGGUACAAGCUACAGGCUAGCACCUUCACAGAAAGAGGAGUUGAAUGAAAAGGUCAAUCCCCAAGAGCCAACUAAGAAGGAAGCAAUUAUAAUAAUCAUCGAUUCAGAUAAUGGCAGUAAAGGGUGCACUCCCCGGAUGAUUCUGAACAUGGAACCAGAUGGGCAUGUAUGGCGUACCAUGAUGAUCUUCCCUUCGUUUUCUGGCCUCUACGCGAGCUCAAUCGCUUGCACUAUGUUGGCUCCUGAUGAUAGCCCCACCAGCAAAAAUUCGACAGGUUCAGCAACGGUCCAAUGAAAUCGAUCCAGUUUCACAUGGGCCAGGUUUAGCAUCAGGAGUCUGUUCUUCAUCUUAAUUCUUCCCAAACAUACAUUUUCUUUUGGUAAGGGAGCGGUAAAUUUAUUUUUGCAACUUA